GGAGCAUCCGUAGACAGGCCGUAGUACAGGCAAGAAGGUUGGGUAGGUGGAUUUGUGAAAAGAGUGGCGAGACAGGUGUCCGGUAGGCAGCACGGCCCGUACCGCCGCCCUCUUUAUAUAACGGAGCCCCCCCCUUUACUUCCGUUUAUCCCGUGACAAGAAUUUUCAAUCUCUCUCUCUCUCUAGAAAGGAACCAGGCCCUCUUUCCUCUUUCUCUCUCUCUCUCUAAGAUUCCAGCUGAAUUGUAUAUGGCCGCCAAUCUGCAGAAGAGCAGUGGAAUCGCCGGCGGCCUGGGGAAGCUUUUCGGGAGGAAGAUUGUAACUCGCGCCAAUUCCCCGUCAUCGUCGGCUCCCCUGUUUAGGGGCGUGCACGCAUCGGCCUACGACAAGAACCCGGAGGAACAUGCCCCACACUCGCCGGUCCCGGACGAGAUAAUCCAGCGGGCCCAAUCCGACAAGUACUGGGCUCCGCACCCUCACACCGGCGUGUUUGGGCCCGACACGGCCAACCACCUGCAGGCGGCUUCUACCGCUACCCUUCCGGGCUCCGCAUUGGAUCAGAAAGCCUUCUUCCGCCCCCUUGAGGGUUUGGAAAAACCUGACCCCCCCAGUCUCUGAAUCAUCCAGCCACUAAACUUCCUCAAAGACUCCUGCAUGCCCUUUCUGUCCCAUAAAUAAAUAAAUAAAUAUAAAUAUAAAUAAAUAUAUAAAUAAAUAAAUAGACCUAAGUGCAGCAGGGGGGGAGGGGGUUGGCAGAUAGAAAUAUAAUUAAGGUUCAUCAUCUGAUGCAAUGUCUCUUGAUCUGAAUAAGCUCCAAAAUUUGUCUCUCUUUUGUUGUUGGCUUCGCAUUUCAGAGUAAUUUUGUUUUAAUUGUGAAACAACUGUAGAGAAAAGAUGAGUGCCGUACGCUUCUCCGUGAAAGUACGUGUUCGAAAUAAAUGAACGACAUCUUCGGAUCGGUAGAACUUACCUUUCAUCCUAGACGAAAUCUUCGGAUCACACAAUACCCCUGAAGCCAACCGCCAUUUGGCCCAAGCCACUCCAACACGAUGUCCAACAUCCCCGUCUAACUCCCUCCGUUUCUUAGAAUAUACUCCCUCUGUUUCU